AUGAUGACAAACGCAGUUGUGGUUGCAAUGUCGAAGAACUGUCCAAAUCUUGUGGUGUUUCGUCUUUGUAUAAUUGAGGUGUAUCGUCCUCAUGUUGUGCCACAAGAAUCCAUGGAUGAGGGUUUUGGUGUUAUUGUUAUGAACUGCAAGAAGCUCACACGACAAUCUGCAACCCGUGUUCCUCCUAAUGUAUCUUUGUAUUAUUUAUUUCAGGGUAAUCAAAAUGAUGUGGCUAUUUUUCACGAGUUUCCCAGUAUUUAUCAUAUCCAAGAAUUUGUAAGAAAGGAUAUCAUAAGAUGGCUUCAGUUUCUACACCAUAAACUAGACUUUUAUGAUUUUUGUUUUCCUUUUGCAAAAGGGUAA